CCGCAUCACAAACACUCGCAUGCGAAUUUUCGAUCCGACUGGGGUUUGCCCCAGUCGAUGCGAUCCCAGCUCAGUGUCUGUCCGUUCGCGGUAAACACAUGUACGAUGCUAAAACUAACCGUCAAUUUGCUACGCUUCCGGCCGUGUGGAGUGCGGUGGCGUAGUACCGCUGCGCAACCAGCUGCUACUUCGAGCGUCAAUACUGCUGUGGAUUUGGAGUGGGAAAAUGCCCAGCCGUUCGAUAAGAUUCCAGCCCCAUCAUUGCUCGGGUUCCUGAAAGAGUUUGGACCGUUCGGUAAAUACAAAGAUGGGACGCUAUACGACAUCAACAAGCGAAUGCGUGAGCUGUAUGGUCCGAUCAUCCGGAUGAAUGGAUCGUUUGGACGAGAAGACAUCGUGAUGACGUUCGUGCCGGAAGACUUUGAAAAGGUGUUGAGAUCGGAGGGUCAAUGGCCGAGACGCACCGGGAUGGAUUCGUUCGUUUACUACCGCAAACAGCAUCGACCCGAGUACUUCCAGGGUUAUGGAGGACUUUUAGCUGAACAAGGUGAAGACUGGCACAAGAUGCGAACGAUCGUCAAUCCGAUCAUGAUGCAGCCCAAGAUCAUCAAGCUGUACGUGAGCAAGGUGGAUGCGGUUGCUCAGGAGUUUAUGGAUAUUGUCAGUGGUCUGCGGGAUGAAAAGCAUGAGCUUCCGGCGGACUUUAACGAAUGGUUGAAUCGCUGGGCCCUGGAGACAAUGGGAGUUCUGGUGUUGGACACUAGGCUGGGCGUUUUGAACAGGGAACAGAGUCCCGAAGUCAGCAAGUUAAUCAAUCUGACCAAGGACGCAGUCGAGCUGUUCUACAAGCUAGACAUACUGCCCUCAAUCUGGAGGAAGCUCAAGACUCCCGGCUUCUACCGGCUGAUGCGUACACUGGACGAACUUUAUCAUACAAUUGCGUCGAAAGUUGACGAAGCGGUGAUAAGGAUGGAAAAGAACCCGAGUGCCGAUGCGGACAACCUGAGCAUUUUGGAGAAGCUGUUGAAGGUGGACCGUAAAGCGGCCUUCACGAUGUCCAUGGAUAGCUUGUUUGCGGGUGUCGAUACGACAUCAUCAGGUUCGACGGGAGUUCUUUACUGCUUGGCUCAGAAUCCCGAAAAACAGGAGAAACUACGAGCGGAACUGCGUCAGAUUAUGCCAGAGAAAAACACACCGCUGACGCCUGACCGUAUGAAAAACAUGCCGUACCUGAGGGCCUGCAUUAAGGAGGGUCUGCGAAUGUAUCCACCGACCUCCGGAAAUGGACGCUGUGCUGGGAAGAACCUCGUCCUGCAAGGAUACCAGAUCCCGAAAGGAGUUCUUGUUGGGAUGGGACAGCUAGUAUUGCAGCGCGAAGAAGGUUACUUCACACGCCCCACCGAGUUUAUUCCGGAACGCUGGCUCAGCGGAGAAGCUGCGGCCGGAUGUCCAAGUGCAAAGGAGGUACAUCCGUUCAUAUACAUGCCGUUCGGGUUUGGAGCGCGUUCCUGCAUCGGACGACGGCUCGCAAUGCUGGAGAUGGAGAUUCUGAUCUCCCGAAUGGUGCGACAGUACGAUAUCCGGUGGAACUACGGCGAGCUAAAGUACAGAGCGACGUUGGUCAACAUACCGUCCAACGACUUGAUGUUCCAACUGAAAGAUGUGGACGAUUGAGCAAUUGCUCCCAGGUUUGUAUAUUUAUUGGAAAUAAAGGGAACUAAACAAUUUGUUACGAA